AUGCCCGCACCGCACCUUCGAAAGCCGCUCGAUAGCCAAAGGGGCGCUGGCGGUGAGAUGUCUAUGAUGUCUUUUGUCCAGCCGGACUGUCCUGCUAGAUUUUCCCACCAGGACGACCACCGCAUUAGGGGUCUUAACGCCGAGGCCAUGGCCCGCGUCUUCCUGCCUCCGCCCGCCUGGCUCCUCAACCUCUCCAUCUACGGCCAGCCUAUUGAUCCAUCCGACUGGACCGAAGAGUGGUUUUUCAUGCAUGCCCGCGUCCACCCCUACGCGCUCGCAUGGGAGGUUGAGCAACGCGACGGCCUGGAGUCUGGCACGGGCCGCACCCUUCUCUAUACGAUGCCCGCCCUUGCCGUCCGCGAUCAGGGCUACCAGCCCGUUCUCCCUAGGCUCUUUGCCUCUAUGGGCGACUUCCCCUGCAUCCCGCCUAUUGUUUCCUUUACCGGCCUUGUCGUCGGCACCGGCCACUCCUCGCUGCGGCGGGACCUACUGCCCGGUCUAGACGCCGCCCAACUUAACUGUUGCGGCUUUGUCCGCCUUUCUACCUAUGUCGCUCCUGGGAUGCCCAAUAAGGUCCCCUUCAAGGGCUUCCACCCGUUCCAGGUCUUCGUUAUCUUCCCUAUUCGCGCUAACCCCUGGGCCGUCUUGUGUAGGAAGAUGGCCGAGAGGCAGGACUCUCAAUUUCAGCCUAACGUCCCCUUUACCUGCACAGGCAAGGUCGCUGGCCUGCUCCGGCAUGACGUUAUGCUCUACCCCCCGGGCUCUUACCGGGACAACGUCUUUAUCGUCGUCCCAGAUUCCUGGACUUUUCUCGACAAGGCCGCCGCCGCCGUCACCACGAUGGCACCGCUUCUCUCUACGCCACAGAGGCAACAAGCUUCCUCCGCUUCCGCGGCCUUCCAGGACAUGCGCGCUGCCUCUUUGUCUUUGAUCACCCCUGGCACCCUCCGCCCAGUCCUCCACCUUUGGCUUCGGCUUCGCCCUCGACCGGCCACCUUACGCCGCCCGGGAAACGAUAUUGCCCUGAGCCUGCCGAUACGGCGACGAAGCGACCGUGUCUGCUGCAUAAGGCCCCGGUGA